AUGGAGCAAAAUGAAGAAAAUACAAAUAAAAAUCAACAAGAAUUAUUUUUAAAAUAUUUUAUUGAAUCAAUUCAAAAACAACAACAACAACAAAAUGGACCUAUUGAUUUUUCAACGAAAAUAAAUCAAUAUAAUAAAUUAAUACGUCCAUUUAGUUCUUAUGCAUUAACAGAUAAUCAUUUAAAUUCAAAUGAAAAUAUUUUAAAGCAAUUUUAUAAACAUUUAUUAAAUAUAAAUCAACAAGAUCAAAUUGUUAGUUCAAUAUCAACAAAUUCUAUUUCAAUAAAAAAAGAUUAUAAAUCAAAUACAUCAUCAUCAUCAUCAUCAUCGUCUCCUAAACAUCAAGAUGAUGUUUAUUGGGAACGAAGAAAAAAAAAUAAUGAAGCUGCUAAACGUAGUCGUGAUUCACGACGAGCUAAAGAAGAUGAAAUUGCUUUACGAGCUACUUGGCUUGAACAAGAAAAUGUUAAACUUCGACUUGAAAAUGCACAUUUAAAACAAGAAAAUAUUCAACUUCGUUGUCAAAUUUAUUGUUCAAAUGAAUCUUAA